CUGCCCCACCACAGCUCUUGCUCGCGCACGCGCCAGCUGGGUUAGCGCGCCCACGCGGACCCGAUGGUAGGACAGGUCACAGCUGAGCCGAUGAGAUCAUGGAGUCUGCGCUGAGGUCGGACGGGAUACGGCCGACGGGACUGAGCGGUGAUGGAGAGCUGCCUGUCCGAAGCCAUGAUGACCUGCAGUGUAACUGAAAGUCCAAGACUUCUUGGAGCAUCACUGCCAACAGCCUCAUAUUUUCUUCACAAAAGACAAAAUAAGUCUCAAUUCAUGCGCAGUCAGAUAUGGACAAGUGAAUAAGUGCCCUUUAUUACUCCCAUUGCUUAUUCUUAUUCCACAAAUGGAUAUCCCAGUUUUUCUGUCUGUGACAAUUUGCUUCCACAUGUUAUAUUUUGCCAUACAACCAUGCCUUUAAACAUAAGAGCCAAGCCCUCGCACGGCAAGCUGACUGCUGCUGCUGCAAAGAGUGGUGGGCAAAAUGAUGGCAGCUCAUCUCAUUCACGCUUCUCGAGGUCUGCAAAACAGGGAAAAGGUAAACAGGCUGUCAGCUCAGGUCCUGGGUCCCGAUCAGGACUUGAGCCCGGCUCUGUGUCAGGGGGCGGGCCUCCACCAGCAGCUAAACUGACCGGAGCACAAGGUUCAGUUUCAAAGCUUGGUUCAAGACUCAAAGUCAAUACAUCAACAGCAGAUAAAGGAUCAACUCGUGGUUCAGCAACAGCUCCAGGUGGAAAAACCAUGUCCAUGGAGAACAUCCAGUCUUUAAGUGCGGCCUAUGCCAUUUCUGGCACCAUGUAUCCCAAUGAGCGGGAGUCCUUGGAACCCUCUGGUGGAUACCCUAAAAGUACCAUGACAUUAGGGCGGAGUACCAGCCGCUCAUCUUCCACUGGCCGCAGUACAGCAAUUGGAAGCACCCCAAACAUCACAGCCUCUGGUAUGCAUCACCUAUCAGACUCUUGUGGAGACCAAACUGUGUUUUCUACAGGAACUUCCAGUUUGCGACGGCAGUCUGGAAGAUGCACACAAACAAUGGAUUCGGAUGAUCGGGGAGAGGUUUCCACCUGUGAUCUCCAGACUCAGCUGAGGGAUCUGCAGAGAGAGAAUGAAAGUCUCCGGAGGGAACUGGAUGGAGGGAGGGAUGGAAAGACAGGCUAUGGCAUUAAUAGUGUUAAUUUCUGGAGCCCUGAUGUAAAGAGAGACAAGGGGAGUAGGCGUGAAGAGGGAGUAAGAACGCCUGCUCUUAAGGAACAGUGCAGAGUGAACCAAGACGAUUUACAGCUGGGGGAUAUAAGAAGAAACAAGCAACUUCCUUUGACAGUUCAGGAGCUACAGGAGGAGCUGAGAGCUCACAGAGAGACAAACAGUCGCCUGCGGCAACAGCGGCAGCAGAGCAGCUCCUACCGAGAACACCAUAUGGACCAGGAGUUCAGAGGGGGGCUCAGUCCUGGCCACAGUCCCAGACAAAGUUCCAUAAACCUGCACAGUCCAGCACCAAAGAACAGCCCCAAAGCCAGUCCAUCGAACACCUACAAUCCAAGGCAACAAGAGGCUGACAUCAUUAUUCACAGUCCUGGCUAUGGGUGUAAUACAUUGGCAGCCACGCAGAGACUUAGCCCAGCCAACACCCUUCAGCCUGGACAAAGGAACAGUCCAAGCCAGCCCCUCUACAGUCCUAGUCAGGGAGCAUUGCCCAGCUCUAGCCCCCGUCAUCCAUGUAGCCCCUGUCAGGUGCCUGGGUGCGACGGCUUUUCUUCACCUCCUCCUCAGGAUCCAACAGAGGAAAACUUCUUCCGACUGCAGUCAGAACAUGAGCGUCAAGCCAAUGAGUUGUCCCUGCUGAGGAAGACUAUGGAAGAGAUGGAGUUGAGAAUCGACUCCCAGAAACAGACGCUGGGUGCACGAGACGAGAGUAUCCAGAGGCUGCUGGAGUUGCUUCAGGGUCAGGGACAGUGGGGACGAGGACAGCGGACAGGCAUAAUUACCAUGGCAGCCCAGGAAGCUGAUGUCUACUUGGAGAACAUACAUUUGAGAGAGGACACCAAGAUCUCUUCGCUGGAGAGAAACAUCAGAGACUUAGAGGAUGAGGUCCAGAUGCUAAAAACCACCGGCCUGUUGCACCCUGAUGAAAGGCAGGAUGAACUCAAGCAGGUGGAAGUCUACAAGAGCCACUCUAAAUUUAUGAAAACUAAGAUAGAGCAGCUGAAGCAGGAGCUAAAUAGGAAGGACUCAGAGAUGCAGGCCCUGCAAACCAAACUAGAAACACUGACCAAUCAGAACUCGGACUACAAGCAACACAUCGAGGUGCUAAAAGAGUCGCUCAGUGCCAAGGAGCAGCGCGCCAAAACACUGCAGACAGAGGUGGAUGCUCUGCGAGUGCGCCUGGAGGAGAAGGAACAGAUUCUGACUAAGAAAACCAAUCAACUGCAAGACUUAAGUGAUGAAAAGAGCACACUGGCUGGAGAAAUCAGAGAUAUGAAGGACAUGCUGGAUGUCAAGGAGAGAAAAGUGAAUAUCCUACAGAAGAAGAUUGAGAACUUGUUGGAGCAGUUAAAAGAUAAGGACAAACAGCUGGUUGGAUUGAGAGAAAGGGUUCAGGGGCUUCAGACUGACUCCAGUAACACAGACACAGCUCUGGCCACUCUGGAAGAAGCUUUAUCAGAAAAGGAGCGAGUGAUUGAGAACCUCCGAGACCAGAAGGAACGAGAAGACAGGGUGAGGCUUGAAGAGAUGGAUCAGAUGAGGAGAGAGAACCAGGAACUGAAGGAAAAAUUGGCUGCUCUGCAACCCCCAAAGCUGUCUCAGAGCCAGGUCACCAACUCCAUCUUAAUCCAGAACCAGAGGCCUGAUGGGGAGGUUGAACCCAAAGUAGAUGGUUUUCCAGCAGUCAACCCCACGACCCCAAAACCAGAGGAAACUGUCAGAAUCUGUCCAGACAUCGCAGAUCGUCUGAGGCUUCUCGAGCAGGAAGUGGCCCGCUACAGAGAGGAGUCUGGGAAGUCCCAGGCUGAGGUGGAGAGGUUAAAGGGAGCGCUUAAGGAUGCAGAAGUGGACAAAUCAUGCAAGGAGAAGAAAAUUACUGAUCUUGAGAGACCUGGGCAAAUCAAGUCUCCAAAUAUCCAGAAGCAGAUUAUGCCUGGCGAGAUGAGGAAAGAUGCCUUGGCAGAUGGACAUCCACACUCUUUAUCACAGCUUUGCAAUUCCCAGGAUGCCAUGCGUGAGACGGCGGAGCGGAUAAUGGAGCUGGAGAAGACUCUGAGGGAUACCAUGAACACCUCGGCGCUUAGGGAGGCCCUUUGGGCGCAGGAGGAAGCCGCCCGUGUUCAGGCCCAAAGACAGUUGGAGGAGCUGAUGGGAGCUUUAGAGAAGACUCGCCAGGAGCUAGAUGCCACUAAAGUACGUCUGUCCUCCACUCAGAAGUGCCUACAUGAACGAGAUGGACACCUCAACCAACUGCGGCAGGAGAGACGUAAACAGCUGGAGGAGAUUCUGGAGAUGAAGCAGCAGGCGUUGCUGGCAGCCAUAAGUGAGAAGGAUGCUAAUAUUGCCCUUCUGGAAUUAUCUUCUUCCAAACGCAAGAAAGCCCAGGAGGAGGUGAUGGCUCUGAAAAGGGAGAAGGACAGACUCAUGCACCAGCUCAAACAGCAAACCCAGAGCAGAAUGAAGUUAAUAGCAGACAAUUAUGAGGAAGACUACAUCCACCCCCAACAUCACCCUCAUCAUUUGCACCACAUGCAUACAGCAAAUUUGCAUCACCGGAGUCUGCCAAGAGGGGACCCACAUGCCAACCACCGACCUCCGAUGGAUCAGGAUGACGAAGAGGGUAUUUGGGCUUGAUGAAUACUAUCCAUAGGAACCUGCAUCUCUUUGGUGUCUAUGCAUUUGGAAUCACAAGAUUGAUUAGCUUCAGUUCCCAGGACCAGACGAUUUGUCUUUGUUUUCAGACCCCAUUAAUAAAGCACAAAAGUUCAUCAGAUUGGGCUUUUAAAUGCUUAUAAAUUACGUCAUUGAUACAGGUCACAUUCGUGGAAAUGCAGUGUUUUGCUGGACACACAAGCUCCUAGUGGAUGAAUCUCAUACCGCAGCUCAAUAUUGGCAAGUUUGCUCCUGCCUUCAAUUUCUGGGCUGUUUUCAAUAGACUGGGAGCUGGAUUCAUUUUGCAGUGCUGUGGUGCAACAGAGGCCUGACUUCAUAGUAACGAAGAGUCACAACAGUGUUGACGACUGCAAGCAGACUGAAGCCGAGCCAGAUACACAAGCCCCAGAUCCAUACCUGUUCAGGUUUAUGUUUGCAGGCUUGUGUUUACUUCUGGAGCUAAAUAUCAGACUUUUGUAAAUAUGACAACAUGGACCUCAAAAUCAACAACCCACUAAGACCUCCUCAAUGUAUGGUGCCAAAGGAAUUGCCGCAGUCCACUGGGAUAAAUAAAAAAAGAUGAAACACCAACUGAUUCAACUCUUAUCCAAGACUUUCAACACUGAACGAUCUUAGUGUCUUGCAAAAGUAGUCAUGGCCCUUUGGAACAUAAAACACUUCAGUCAUGUUACAACCAAAAGCUUAAAUGCAUUUUUUGGGGGAAUUUUAUGAACCAAUAAACAUUUUUUUUUCUUUUUUUGGUAGAACCAAUUUUUGCUAUAAUCACAGCUGCAAGUCUUUUGGAGAGCCUUUGUGAUAUUGAAUGUCUAGUCUUGCUACAGUCUCACAAAUGGAUUUAGGUCUGAACUUACAGUUAGUUUUCUAGUCCACACAGAACUGUGCAUAUUGGCUUCAAAAUUCUGUUUAAUCUCCCUUGACUAAAGCAAAUGACAUCAUAUUUGCUCUCUGCUUCUUGGUUUGUGGCAAACACACCAUUGUCGGUUGGUUCUUAACAUAUAAUCCCAAUAAAAACAAACUAAACUGUGUUAGUAACAUGAUGAAAUGUUAAAAAUGUUCAAAGGCUAUAAAUAAUUUUUUUGAGGAAAGGCAUAGUAAAUCUACUGCACAGGCAUUAAAAGAAGUGAACCUUGAUGUUCCCAUAGAGAAAAUGAGAAUCCACUUAUACUCAAUCAAAAAGUCAAAACCUUAGUUUACAGUGAAGAAAAAUGCAGUGUUUUUCUCCUUAUUAAUGUGUUCUGUUUGGUUUUCUGCAACUGAAGCAUCUGAGUGCCACUCUUAUUCUUUUCUUCUUUUUACAUCUGCUGUGUGUCUUAUACUGAAGAGUGAUGUAUUUAUUGUAUGUUUGAUUUUGUGAAUUUCUGUGACUAAUCUAACAACACUGAAGUGACUUGCAUUCCAAAUAACUAUUAAUUUUUUCACUGUACUAAAAGUUGGUUUGAAGUGACAAUAAUUGCUGUUUUGUUGUGGACUCAGCAGCUUCACAGUGUGUAAAUGACUGAAUAUGUCCAGUGUAUGUGUAGGCGUGUGGGGCGUGUGUGUGUGUGUGUGUGUGUGUGCGUGUGGUUUGGUCCUGCUCACUCAGUUGUGACUGUGAAAGUCUGGGGGUAACAGUAUUCACCCUUGGCUCAUUCCACAAUGUUUGGCAGCUUUCAGUUUGUUCACAUUGUUUGAAUAAAACUUUUAACUUAAGUGGCAA